AUGAGAGCGCAUCGCCAUGGAGAAGGAUGCGGGGCGGCGCUCGCGGCGGAGGAAGGGGAUGCUGGGCGAGAUCGCGAGGACGAACCACCACAGUUACAGACUCACGUUUGGCUGACUUUAUGGGCGCACGGCGGUGGACCAUUUGAACGGCUUGAAACGUCGUUUUAUUAGCGGUUUCUGCGCGACGGAGGCAGGUGAGGUGAGGUGGACGGAGCGGUGUGGGAAGGAGGAUCGUCGGAUCGGGAACGGCCGGGGGGGGCGCCGCAGAUGAAAGGAAAUAAGCUAAAGUGUCACAGGCGGCGCAGGUCCCUCUGCAUGAGGUUAUAUGCACAUCGAGCAGAACGCGCGUGAACGCCAUGUGAAUACCACGUGAUCAGCCCGCAUCGUCUCUAGUCGAGAGCCCCGCUACGUGACAAAGACCUGUCAUCGUUGGGCAAACGGAUCAGACGAACGAACAUGGCAACAUGGGUAACUUUUAACAUCUGUUUGGCUCCCACAUGAAGGAACUGCAAGCAGUGAGCCCCUUUUGGAGAUGAUGUCAUACAAAUCAUGAUGCCCUGGAUCUUUGCAAACCGCAGCUUACACAUUUUAACCAGUUUGUCUUGCCAUCAUCGUGUACAUUGUUUACUACACAACCGGGACAAACCGGUUCACUGUACGGUACUUAGGUCUGAAGGGAUGCCUUCUUUACUGGCAGUUCUCUGAAGUUCAUGGUAUGUCCUUCGCUAUGGAAGAGGCUUUAGAGUCGGGCUGGGUGGCCGUGCGACCGCACGCUUUCGAUGAGAAGGAAAAGCACAAAUUUAUUUUUAUUGUGGCAUGGAAUAAGGUGGAGGGGAAGUUCGCCAUCACGUGCCACAACAGAACCGUCCAGAGGAGGAGUUUUGCCAGGGACUCGGAUGUGGUGGCUGCCGAGGCGGUCCAGGAGGGUCAGGUCGCUCACGGCAAGAGUCCUGCCAAAGAGAAGGGUGAGCGUGACAGGUCAGCAAGUCCAGCUGAUGGAGACAGCAGCAGAAGGAUGCAGCUGAAAGAUAAACCGGGCAGGAUGUCGAGCCCUGCCAAAAGUCCUGGCAAAGGUAUGGAGCCGCUGAGCAAAGGGUCCACUGCAGCGACGGAGGGUGCGGGCCCUUCGCUCACCAAGGACGAUCCGUGCAAGGCGGAAGGGGAAGCCGCAGAUGCGGGCGACUCUGAAAGCAACGUCAGGGAAGAUUACAGCUGGGCUGGACUCUUCUCCUUCCAGGACCUGAGGGCUGUCCACUUUCAGCUGUGCUCUGUCAAUUCGGACCUGGAGCCCUGCUUGCCAGCUUUCCCCGAGGAGCCGUCGGGGAUGUGGACGGUGCUGUUCGGUCUCCCCGAGGUCACCCAGACUGAAACAGAUGCUCUUUGCUACCAGUUACAGGUGUAUCUUGGCCAUGCGCUGGACACCUGCGGUUGGAAAAUCCUCUCCCAAGUGUUGUUCGCCGAAAGCGACGAUCCCGAGGAGUACUAUGAGAGCUUGAGCGAACUCAGGCAGAAGGGGUACGAGGAGGCGCUCGAGAGAGCCAGGAUGCAGCUGCACCAGCUCCUGGAGAGGCACAAGGCUGCGGAGAGCAUGGUGGAGCUGCUCAAGAUCUACCAGGAGGAGGACGAGGUCUAUGAGACGCUGGUGGAGACCACCACCGAGCUGUACCAGUACCUGCUGCAGCCCUUCAGGGACAUGAGGGAACUUGCCAUGCUGCGGCGGCAGCAGAUCAAGAUCUCCAUAGAGAAUGACUACUUGGGACCCCGCAGGAUCGAGAGCCUCAAGAGGGAGGACUUGGACUGGCAGGCAAAGGCCCACGAGGCCGUGCUCUCCAUCCAGGACCUCACGGUGAAAUACUUUGAGAUCACGGCAAAGGCGCAGAAAGCGGUGCACGAGCGCAUGCGCUCCGACCAGAAGAAGUUUGGCAAGGCGUCGUGGGCGGUGGCCGUGGAGCGUAUGGAGAGGCUGCAGUGCGCCGUCUCCAAGGAGACACUGCAGCUUAUGAGGGCCAGGGAGAUCUGCCUGGAGCAGAAGAAGCAGGGUCUCCGAGAAGAGAUGCAGACCCUGCAGGACACUGAGGAUGCCAUGACUCGACUCGACCAGCUGGAGGCGCAGUACUACGAGCUGCAGCUCCACCUCUACGAGAUCCAGUUUGAGGUGCUCAAGUGCGAGGAGCUGCUGCUGACCACGCAGCGCGAGAGCCUCCAGAGGCAGAUAACAGAGUGGCAGGACGAGGUUGUGUACUAUGACACCUACGAGAGCACGGAGGCCAUGGUGGGCGCAGACGAGCCACGGGCCCGGGCCGAGGAGCUGACCCGACUGCAGCAGAGGGUUCGACAGCUGGAGGCCAGAAGGGGGCGUAUCGCUACUAAGAAGGCCUACCUCAGGAAGAAGAAGGAAAUCUGCAUUGCAAGUCACAACCAGAAGGUGCAGCAAAGACAAGGUGGACAAGAGGACCAAACAACCCCUCACACCUUGCAGCAGCAGCUGGAGCAGCAGCGGGUGGACGAGGAGAGCCGGAACGCCAGGGUUAGCCAGGAGCGAAGGAGAACCCUGGAAGGGUUACGCAGCUUCAAGCAGCGCUACCCAGGACAGGUCAUACUGAAGUCGACCAGACUGCGGCUGGCUUACUCGCAGAGGAAACGAGACGGCGCCUCCUCCCAGCCCCUGGCAGCCAGCCCCCGGGUAGACCAGGGUGGCUUAGCGAUGGCCUCUUCACCACCAGAGGUGACUGCUGUCGCAUCUGGAAAACCCGAAAGCACCUCAUUGCCACCAGGGGGUGCAGUUGUGCCUGAGACCCUUCCCAUGUCCCCUUCACCGACCUCCCUGGUUGCGGAAGGAGUAGAGCCUUCUCCCAGCACUCCAACAGCCCUGCUUAGAGUCUCGGGACCCUCUCCUCCUCUGCCUCCACCCCCACUUCCACCUCUGGCCGAGGACAGCCUGAGCGAGGACGGACGUCCUCUUGGUCUCGCUCAACAGGACGGUCGGUCAGGCUGGGUGCUGAGGGCCAGCAAGCCUCUGGUUGCCCCCAUCUCUGCUUGCUUCUUUGACAGCAGCCAGCUGGUGGAUGCUAGGAAGAAGCUGAGGAAGACACCGAUGCUGGAGACACCCCAGAGGAGAGCGAGCUCCCCGAUGGACGAGGUGCUCGCCUCCCUCAAACGCGGCAGCUUCCACCUGCGGCGGGUGGAGGCCACAGCCCCGCGCCCUGCCCCCAGCGACGACGACGCCAGCAACAUUCUGGCCCAGAUCCGCAAGGGUGUGCAGCUGAGGAAGGUCCCACCACGGGACCCCGGUGAGCGGCUGUCCUCCGAUGACCCUCUGGCCCGCAGCAUCCACGAGGCCUUGCGCCGCAUCAAGGAGGCGUCGCCCGAGUCGGAGUCCGAGGAUGAGGGGCUUCCCUCCGCUGACUGGGAGAGCUAGACCCCCAUCCAGCUGAUCGCUGGUAAUGGGGGUCUUGGACGGACGCUGGACUACAGUGCGACAAGGUCUGCGGUUCAAGUACAACCCCUGUAAUGCACUCCCGGCGGCUGGGCGUCAUCCAUGGCAUGAUGGCACGCUUGACAUCUCUCAAGUUGUAAUACCCACAACUCAUCAUCUUUAGUUGAAAGCAUUCUGUCUUGAAUGAAAUAUUAAGACUUAUCAAUACGUUCUCAUAAAUAGCAGUUUAACAUCAAAUUAAAACAUUAACUAAAUUCUCCGACCACAUGAGAUCCGUGAAUUUUUCUGGAAGUCCUGCGGAGGCAGUUUUGCAUGGCUGCAGCGCCACCUGCAGACCACUUGAAGCACAACCGGACACAAAUGCAAGGCUCCUGACAUCUCUGUGAUGUGCUUACUAAUCCGAAAGGGAAGAUUAAAGCAUGAAACUGAAGUGUCACUCUUGGGAUUCAGUUUGCUGGUCACAAGUGUGUCACUUUGUCCUGAUUUAAGUGUGUAUAAACUAGAUUGGUAUGACCUCACCCCUGUGUGGUGUCAUAAACAUUUUAUACAUCCAUAUACAGUAAAAUGGUCAAAUAGAAGAACUGAAGUCAUUGUGAUAUAAAUGGUGAUAAAAUGGGGAAAAAAAUGAAUGCAGUAGAAACAGUAAAAGUCACAACUUGCAGGAGAUGAAGGAGCAGUUCAAGCUUCUGGUUCCACAGCCCUCAUCUCACUGGCCUGAGAGCUUCUGCAGCAUCCUGUCUUGGGAGGAUGCUGUCAGAGUGUGUUUUUGUCCUCGGGCCCCAUUUCACUUGUCGCUGCUCGGGUCUUGGUGUGGUGCACGUUACUGUCAUGGGGGAUUGGGCCGUCCUUAGAAACUUGUGGACUUGGGGGGGGGUUUAGAUCAUUCAGGUUCAGCCUUUAUACAAGCAGAGUCAAGAGGACCUUCUGCAUCCAUGUCCAUCUAUUUCUGCUUUUAAUUGUUUGAUGGCAGUUACCCUGCAUGAUUUGUUUUGCACUCUGGAGGUGUGCCAAAGCCGGGGGAGCGACGCCUGGUCCUGCACGCCAGGGCUCGAUCUGCUGGGAAUACACCUCCGAUGUUAUAUAGACACACAGAUAUGGAUUGUGUCCUGCUGUCUGUACUGUUCAUUUGGGCGUUUUGAUCAGCGUUUCAGCACCGUGUUCCCUACAGCUCACCUGUAUCCCUCCUACAGGCAAAGUGAGAAGAGGAGCAGUGAUUUACCUCUCAAUACAAACGCCUCCAUGCACAUUCCAUUCACUCAUCAGGUGGAUGGUACCUACGUUUCACGUAGUGAACUAUUUAUUUUGCGUUUGUUCAAGCUGCAAUGUGAAAUAAUUAUUCUAGCUGAUACCUUUGUCCAAGGUGACUUACAGUGAAAGAAUAAAUAAAAAUCUGUAUCGAAGAUGAGUGAUGUACUGAAGACAUGUUCCUACACACUGCUGUUCAAAAGGUGUCACCACUUUGGUUAAAUGUAAGAAAGAAAAUGUGCUGUUUGCAUUCAUUUCAUAAAUCAUGUCUGCACAUUUAUAUGCAGAGGGGUUUGUUUUUGGUAUAUUUAGUACUGCACUUUAAUUUGAAAUGGUUCCAUGCUCAGAUACGCAUUUUUAUGUUUAAUUGCUUCAUUUCGUCAUUAUUCCCCAAGUGUGAUCACUGUCGCCCAGUGGCUCUCAUUAACCCAGUUGGUUUGAAAGUGUUCUCUUAUAAUCUGUAACCAUCCGUCUCUACCCUUCCAUCAAAUGAACAACCGCAAUGGGACAGCGGCGAUCCUUCAUCAUCACCUUUGGCCGCUAUUUGUCCCGUUGUGGAAUAAUAAUGACGCUCAUGAUUUAUGCAUUUUCCAUACUGUUUGCUGUUGGUCAUGAUUUUAACUGGUAUCUGUUUCUGAGGUGCGGGAAUGAAAUGGUUAAAUGACACGGGUGCUUUCAUUUUCGGGUUAGGCAAAAAUACACCAGCAUCUGGGAGACGCGACUAAAGAAAUAGAACCCUGUGCUCUCUUACGGAGGUGAGCUCGGUGUGGUCAUGAAGACCCGCCUAACUCGCCACCGUACCCAUCACCUCUAGUGCGUGGGAUGGCCUCUGGCUUCAGGGUGUCCUUCCCCACAUCUCAUCGCUGUAACACCUCCUGCGACUGUUCUUUGACACGUCUUUCUCUCCCCCGCUGGAGACGUCUUGUGAGAGACCUGGGAGUGAAUCUCGACUGCUUUUGCCAAGUUAGCUGCGAUAGAAGCAGGUGCGUUUCAGAACACGGUCCUCUCCAGCAGCUCAUCGUCCCACACUUUCCACAUGAGAGCUGCUGAGCUCAGAUGCAGGACCCUGGUAUGAAAGCUGAUGAAAUAUUUAGAUACGUGCAAAAAUCCUUUGUAAGAUUUGAUGUGCGUAUAGCACAGACACUGUACCCAUGUAGCAAUGACAUGUACGUACUAUGGUAAAACAUAUGCAUGAGCAUGAAACUUACCCAGUUCCCUCUUGGUGGCUAGGGGAAAUGUCAGCGCGAGCCCGUCUGGCUGUGCCGUUUAGCCCAAACCCUUGACUUGAACACACCCUCGUGACCCAUGUGCCCAUCAGCUGUACUGUAGUGUAAAUAUCUGUGCUGCACCUUCAUUUCAUUGCCAGGCCAUUUUGCCCCCCACCCUCCACCCCUGGGUCACCAUAAGCUUCCCAGCCAACAGUUCCCAUGAACCAUUUAUUACUUUAAUACUCCGGCUCCACCUGGUUUCAGUUUAGCAGGUCACUUAAUGUGCAAUAUUAUGUCAUAGACCAAAAUAACAAAAAUAUUUAACUUUUCAGUUAGUAAAAGGACAGAUUUAAAUAUUUAUUUUAAA